AUGCACGGCCACCGAGCCCCGGGGGGCGCCGGGCCUCCGGAGCCCGAGCACCCGGCCGCGAACCCCCCCGGCGCCGCGCCGCCGGCCUGCGCCGACUCGGACCCCGGCGCCUCGGAGCCCGGACCGCCGGCGCUCGGCGGAGCCCCGGAGCCCCCGUGUGCCGGACCCUCGGACGCUGGCCUGGGCGCCCCUCCGGGCCCCCGGGUCCUGCCCUGCGGCCCCAGCCCGCAGCACCACCGGGCCCUGCGCUUCUCCUACCACCUGGAGGGCUCGCAGCCCCGGCCUGGCCUGCACCAGGGAAACCGGAUCCUGGUGAAGAGUCUGUCCCUCGACCCCGGCCAGAGCAUUGAGCCUCAUCCCGAGGGUCCCCAGCGGCUCCGCUCAGACCCUGGCCCCCCCACCGAAACCCCCAGCCAGCGUCCUUCGCCACUGAAGCGGGCACCGGGCCCAAAGCCACAGGUCCCCCCAAAGCCCAGCUACCUGCAGAUGCCCCGGAUGCCCCCUCCACCCGAGCCCAUCCCCCCCCCACCGUCACGCCCGCUGCCUGCAGACCCCCGAGUGGCCAAGGGCCUGGCUCCCAGGGUAGAGGCCAGCCCCAGUUCCGCAGCUGUGUCCUCACUGAUCGAGAAGUUUGAGAGGGAGCCCGUGAUUGUUGCCUCGGACAGGCCAGCCCCCGGCCCCAGCCCAGGUCCCCCAGAGCCAGCCAUGCUGCCACAGCCACCCCCGCAGCCUCCGGUGCCCCAGCUCCCCGAGGGCGAGGCCUCCCGCUGCCUCUUCCUGCUGGCUCCUGGGCCCCGGGAUGGCGAGAAGGUCCCCAACCGGGACAGCGGCAUCGACAGCAUCAGCUCUCCGUCCAACAGCGAGGAGACCUGCUUCGUCAGCGAUGAUGGGCCCCCCAGCCACGGCCUCUGCCCCGGGCCCCCCGCCCUGGCCAGCAUCCCCGUGGCCUUGGCUGACCCCCACCGGCCCAGCUCUCAGGAGGUUGAUAGCGACCUGGAGGAGGAGGACGAGGAGGAGGAGGAGGAGAAGGACAGAGAAAUCCCAGUGCCCCUGAUGGAGAGACAGGAGUCGGUGGAGUUGACGGUGCAGCAGAAGGUAUUCCACAUUGCCAAUGAGCUCCUGCAGACCGAGAAGGCCUACGUUUCCAGGCUCCACCUCCUGGAUCAGGUGUUCUGCGCCCGGCUGCUGGAAGAAGCACGGAACCGCAGUUCCUUCCCGGCUGAUGUGGUCCACGGCAUCUUCUCUAACAUCUGCUCCAUCUAUUGCUUCCACCAGCAAUUCCUGCUGCCCGAGCUAGAGAAGCGCAUGGAAGAAUGGGACCGCUACCCACGCAUCGGAGACAUCCUGCAGAAGCUGGCGCCCUUCCUCAAGAUGUACGGCGAGUACGUGAAAAACUUCGACCGGGCCGUGGAGCUGGUCAACACCUGGACAGAGCGCUCUACCCAGUUCAAGGUCAUCAUCCACGAGGUGCAGAAGGAGGAAGCCUGCGGCAACCUGACUCUGCAGCACCACAUGCUGGAGCCCGUGCAGCGCAUCCCCCGCUACGAGCUGCUUCUCAAGGACUAUCUCCUCAAGCUGCCCCACGGCUCCCCGGACAGCAAGGAUGCCCAAAAGUCUCUGGAGCUAAUAGCCACCGCCGCGGAGCACUCUAACGCUGCCAUCCGCAAAAUGGAGCGAAUGCACAAGCUGUUGAAAGUAUAUGAGCUGCUGGGGGGUGAGGAAGACAUUGUCAGCCCCACCAAGGAGCUCAUCAAAGAAGGCCACAUCCUUAAGCUGUCAGCGAAGAACGGGACCACUCAAGACCGAUACCUCAUAUUAUUCAACGACCGCCUCCUCUACUGCGUGCCCAGGCUGCGGCUCCUUGGCCAGAAGUUCAGCGUGCGGGCACGCAUUGACGUAGACGGCAUGGAGCUGAAGGAAAGCUCCAACCUCAAUCUGCCUCGGACCUUCCUGGUGUCAGGAAAGCAGCGCUCCCUGGAGCUCCAGGCCAGGACUGAGGAGGAGAAGAAGGACUGGGUCCAGGCCAUCAACUCCACCCUUCUGAAGCAUGAACAGACGCUGGAGACCUUCAAACUGUUGAACUCAACAAACAGGGAAGAUGAAGACACACCCCCUAACUCUCCAAACGUGGAUCUUGGGAAGCGCGCCCCGACCCCCAUCCGUGAGAAGGAGGUCACCAUGUGCAUGCGGUGCCAGGAACCCUUCAACUCCAUCACCAAGCGCAGGCACCACUGCAAGGCCUGUGGGCACGUGGUUUGUGGGAAGUGCUCCGAGUUCCGGGCCCGCCUCAUCUACGACAACAACCGCUCCAACCGCGUGUGCACUGACUGCUACGUGGCCUUGCACGGCGUGCCUGGGAGUAGCCCGGCCUGCGGCCAGCACACCCCCCAGCGCCGGAGGUCCAUCCUGGAGAAGCAGGCCUCGGUGGCUGCAGAGAACAGCGUCAUCUGCAGCUUCCUGCACUACAUGGAGAAGGGCGGCAAAGGCUGGCACAAGGCGUGGUUUGUGGUCCCUGAGAACGAGCCCCUGGUGCUGUACAUCUACGGAGCCCCUCAGGAUGUGAAAGCCCAGCGCAGCCUGCCCCUCAUCGGCUUUGAGGUGGGGCCACCCGAGGCCGGGGAGCGGCCCGACAGGCGGCACGUCUUCAAGAUCACCCAGAGCCACCUGAGCUGGUACUUCAGCCCCGAGACGGAGGAGCUGCAGCGGCGCUGGAUGGCCGUGCUCGGCCGGGCGGGCCGUGGGGACACGUUCUGCCUGGGGCCCACCCCGUCCGAGGACAGGGAGCUGGAGGAGGCGCAGGUGGCAGCUGCAGGAGCCGCCGCCGAGCCCUCUGAAGCCCCCCAGACCCGAGACAAGACCUAG